AUGUAUAAAAUUCCUUUUGAGCUUGGCCACCAGUGGCUUCAAAACCUCCGCUUCACCGGCCGUAAAAACUUCCUCGAAACCCUCACCAGCACUCUUGCCACCAAGAAUCCCCCCAAAAGGCAAGCCACGGUUAUCUAUGGCACCGGUGGUGUCGGAAAGACCGAGAUAGCUCUCCAAUAUGUAUACAAAAACCACACUUCCUACACAUCUGUAUUCUGGGUCAACGCCACUAGUCUCGCUACCACCAAUCAAAGCUUUGGAAGCAUACUGCAACGAAUAGUUCAGCAUUACGCCAUAAACCAGAGUAGCACCUCCCCUGAUUAUCUACAAAUUGCCCAGUCCCUUGGAAUGCCCAAAGGUUUAGACUCGGAUGGAAAGUUGUGCGCGGAUAUUGAGACAGCUAAUACUGCAGUGAAGCGUUGGUUCUGCAAACAAGAGAACCCGGGGUGGUUAUUGGUCUUUGAUAAUGUUGAUGAUUUGGAGUCAUUUAAGAUUUCAUUUUUCAUCCCUACAUGCGAUCAUGGAACAAUUAUUAUGACAAGCAGAAGACCCGAGUGUGUAGACCUUGGAGCUGGAUCAGGAAUACCAGUCGAAGAGAUGGAGGAGGCUGACGGAAUCGAGUUGCUGCUGAAGUGCGCAAAAAUCAGCCUACCCACUAACUCUGUGAUGGUCGCAGAAAUUGCAAAAAAAUUAGGAUAUCUCCCUCUUGCUAUCUACCAAGCUGGUGCUUAUAUUUGUGCCCAAAAACUAUCGCUCCGGAGGUACUUGGAACGUUUUGAGACCAACUUUGACAAACUUUUUGGAAAAAAAACCCCCAAACAGCCAGGUUUGGAGGUAUCGAGAUGA